GCCGCUGCUCUGUGCACCAUCGUAGCCGCCGCUCCGCUUGCUCCUUGGGAAGUGAUGGCCCCUCCGCCAUCAGGGACUCAGUUUUACCAGCUUCAGACUAAAUCAGCAACUGCAGCUGUCUCCGGACAGUGGGUAGCCCUGAAGACUGGUUCGACUUCGUACUCGCUCGCCGCCCAGCAAGCUGCUGCCACCAAGUUCUUCGUCAAUAAGUACGCGCCGACCGGCACAUUUGCUGUGCAUAACGCCGACGAUACCCGCCAACUUGCUCUCCAGGGGCCUAACGGAGUCUUGCUUUCCCUCGUCGAUGCAACCAACCCAACCACUGAUAGUAUUCCAAAAGGAACGUUGAUGGAAUGGGCCACGUUCACCAUGGACAACAACGUGCUUUUCGUCAAGGACGGAAGCACCCUCACCAACCGUACGUUCGUCGCGGUCAAAGGUUCUGGCAGUGACUACAGCAUUGCUCUCUACGAUGGUGCCAGUACAACCACCUCGACGAUCACGCCUGUCACGAUCAACAUCGUCAAG